CUGAGAGGACAAAGACGUGUUUAACUCUCUGAAGAAGAGAAAAGAUGCAUGUACAAUGGAUAUGGAUCACCACCUUCUCACUCUGUACAAUGGUGGUUUAUGGAGGAAAGAUUCUUGUGUUCCCCAUGGAUGGGAGCCACUGGGUGAACAUGAACAUCAUCGUCGAGGCCCUGCACACACGAGGUCACCAGAUUACUGUUGUUCGAUCACCAGACAGCUGGUACAUCAAGGAAACCUCCCCAUUCUACACUUCAAUCACACUUGAAAUGGACUCUGGAUUUGAUGAAGACUUCAUGAAAUCUUUUGUAACCAAGCUGCUGGAGAUUCAGAGGGAGGGGAGGUCUGCCUGGGCACGCUUCAAACUGGAAAAUGAACAAGGAAAAGUAAUCUCAGAGAUGCAUGAGAAAACAUCCAAAAUGCUGAAGCAACUUCUUGAAAACAAAGAUUUGAUAAAGUUGCUACUGGAUGCCCAAUAUGACCUUGUCCUCACAGACCCUGUUUUACCAGGAGGUGUAAUACUUGCACACUACCUCAAGUUGCCCCUUGUGUUUAAUGUAAGAUGGACAACUCAUGGUGAAGGUCAUUUUUUAAUUGCACCCUCUCCUCCCUCUUAUGUACCACAGCCAGGAGCUGAGUUUUCAGAUAAGAUGAGCUUCUUUCAGAGAGUUAUUAACAUUCUUGUUUCUAGACUCUCUGAAUUAUUUGCUGAAUACUGUGUCAUACCACAUUAUAUUGACUUAAUUAAAACACACUUAGGUCCAGAUGUAGACUAUCGUUCCCUGUUUCAGGCUGCUGACUUGUGGCUCAUGAGAGUGGACUUUGUCUUUGAGUUCCCGCGUCCCACCAUGCCUAAUGUCAUAUACAUGGGAGGCUUCCAGUGUAAGCCAGCAAAACCUCUCCCUGAACACCUGGAGGAGUUUGUGCAGAGUUCUGGAGAGCAUGGAGUCAUACUCAUGUCUCUGGGGACAGUGAUUGAAGAGCUUCCCCAUGACCUGUCUGAAGCCAUUGCUGCAGCUUUUGCCAAGCUACCUCAGAAAGUCAUCUGGAGACACAAAGGUGACAAACCAGCUGGUCUGGGCAACAACACUCUGCUGGUGGACUGGAUGCCACAGAAUGAUCUUUUGGGACAUCCAAAGAUUAAACUCUUUGUGGCUCAUGGAGGAACAAAUGGAGUCCAAGAGGCAUUGUACCACGGAGUUCCCAUUUUAGGAGUACCACUGAUUUUUGAUCAGCGUGAUAAUCUGUUCAAAAUUGAAUCAAGAGGAGCAGGGAAGAUCAUAGAUAUCACUACCUUAAAUAGAGAUAUCUUCUACCAAGGAAUCCAGGAAGUCCUGACUGAUCCCUCCUACAGGAUGAACAUGCAGAGACUCUCCAGGCUGCACAGAGAUACGCCCAUGAAGCCACUGGACAACGCCCUCUUCUGGAUAGAGUUUGUCAUGAGACACAAAGGUGCAGCUCACCUGAGAACAGAGUCCUAUAAGAUGCCCUGGUAUGUCUACCACUCAGUUGAUGUGGUAUUGUUUUUACUAACAGUUGCUUUACUGACGUUGUUCUCUUGUGUUCUGAUAUUAUGGUCCUGUUAUAAUAUGUGCCUGAAAAGGAAAGUGAAAUCAGACUAA